CAGAUGCUGUUCAACAUCCAAGCCAAACGGUUGUGUGCCUCGCAACAGCAACAGCAACAGCGACAGCAACAGGAGCAACUGAAGCAACUGAAGCAACAGCACGGCAGCAACAGCAAACGUUUUACAGUUGAACCAUUCAACAAGAGAGAAAGAAGAAGCAACUGGGAAACGUGCAACAAGUCACAGGACAAUAUCAUUUUUUUUCAAAGUGCCAAAAAAAAAAAAGUAUACAUAUGAAGUGUGUUUUCUGUGUGUCGAGUUUACAAUAUACCAGAGUAUCAGAGUAUUUAUUUUUUUUGUGAAUUUGAAAGCAAUGCAAUAGUUAUCCGAGCACCCCCAUCGAAUCACUCAAAUUACCUGAUUACACUCACGGAAGUACAACAAACAAAUCAGGAUACCACAUACCUGAUCUACUCAUCAUACCUAUAAUGUAUAGCACAUUCUACCAUUGAGCCAUUCACUGAGGACCUGACUAGCAACAGACGCUUUAACAUUGAUCAAAAAAUCAAAGAAUCAAAGAUUAAAAUACUGAAAUACAAGAAUACAGAAAUACAGAAAUACAAAGGGAAAUAAACUCUGAUGCCAGGGUGAUUUUAAAUGCGAAAGCGGAGGGAAGAGAAAUCAUAAGCCAGCAAGGUAACCAAAACAGAGGAAUCAAAUCUCAAACGAGGCUGCAGACAGCAAAGAAGACAAAUUUACCAUUGUAUCUCUGUGUCUCUGUGUGUGUAGCAUACCCAUCAGUACCACCCCCUCUCCAAAAAUAUAUAUAUAUAUAACAAAAAAAGUAAAAAACCCCCAAAAGCAAAACCCCCUACAGAAAAAGAAACCCACGAAUACAAAAAUACAGACCCAAAAAAAAAAAAAAAAAUCACCGCACUUUCGGCUAGCCGAAAAGCCCGAAAUCAGUCGUAAAAGCUCGAAUCAUUAAUAAAGAGCGCAAGGAAGGAGGAUAAGGAGUGAAGGGCCGCAGGAGCGGCAGGAGCCGAAGGAUAACGCUCACAUUCGAGGAUCGGCGGGCGCUGCCACAGAAACCAGAACAUGCGCCAUGUCAAAACUGCGGCAUUACCGGUCCAUGGAUCAGCCGUGCAGCAGCACCUGCGUGGUCAUACGCAAAAAGACUAUGACAGCCAUUUGCUUUGUGUGCAACCUGCCCAUCAUGUCGCACCAAGUGGGUUUGGUGUGGCAGGGCGGCAACGGCUGGGACGAUCUUGUGCGGGAACAGCUGGAGGAGUCCACCAUACGACAGCGGUUGGGCGGACGGCGAGAUUCGGCGGCCCAGAUCACCACACCGCCGAGCACCUCACCGCCGCCGGGAUUGCAGCGUCGGCGGCGCAGCUCGCUGGCCCAGCUGACGGACAUCCUGCGCGAGUGGAGCGGCGGCACCAAGCAGCAGCAGCAGCAGCAACACCACUCGCAGCAGCAGCAGCAGCAACAGCUGCAGCAAGCCUCCCGCUCCAAGGCGCAGCUGAAUCGCCGCGAAACGCUGGCGGAUCUGGCACGCAGUCUGCCCUGGCGCACCUCCACCACCACCGAUGCGAGCACGGGUGCAGGUGGCUCAGGUGCUGGUUGCACCACCUACAUGGCGCCACGCAAGCGACGGGAAUCAUCCGCGGACUCCGGCAUACGGAGCAUGAGGUCGCGACGCGAUUCCAAUACCGCCGAGUUCGUGAGGCACUGGAAUCGCCGCGAAAGCGGUGCAGUUGAGGAGCAGCCCAGCGUAUCCGUGCCCGUGGUCGUCGAGUGCUCUAAAAGCGCCUCCCGGCGCGGAUCCGGUGAGAGCUACCUGUCCAGCAGUCGGCGCGAUAGCAAUGUGGCCGGUAGGGUGACCACGCCUCCGCCACCCGGCAAAUACCAGAUGGCCAAGAAGCGCGACUCACUGGCCGCGCCGGAGUUCCCAAAUUUCCGGCAGGAGCAGCGACCGUCCACCAGUUCCGCCGGCUCCUGUUCGGACCACUCCAUGCCCCUGAUAUCGACGCACUCGAGCACUCACCACCUGGCCCACCAGCAGGUGGACUCCGCGUGCCAAGCCCUGCCGCCGCCAACGAUCAUCACCAGCUCCGUAACGCCACCGGCAACCAGUCCAACGGCGCCGAAGGGACGCCGCGAUUCCCAGACGCAGUGCGGUCGCGUUAAUCGCCGGGAUUCCAAAGCGGGCGUAAGUCCGGAACGGGCGCCACGCCUCCAGCGGCUGCAACGCCAGGCGACCGCCUUCGAUGAGGGCUGCCUGCCGGGCGGCAGUAGGCGUGGCUCCCAGCCCGCACUCAGUCCCGAUCCGCCGGACGACUGCGAGAGGCGCACCUCGCGUCGGGAUUCCCUGUCACCGGACAGCGCUUCGCGUGGCGGUCGUCGUGAUUCGCGUACUCAUCUAUCGCCGGAUCGUUCCCACGAGCGGGAUGGCAGUCCCAGGCGGCACACACUGCGCCGGCAGAGCAGUUCGGCAGCGAGAUCACCCAGAUCGCCGGACUCCAAUAGCUGCUGCUCCUCCCGGGAUCCCAGUCCCUGCUCCAGGCCACAAACGCAGCCCACCGUCGAGCAGAAUCAGCGACCGGCCAUCCGGCGGCAGUCCACCACCGAGGAGAUUCUCAUUGCCCGGGGAUUCCGGCGACAGUCGACCACCGAGGAGAUGAUCCGCUGCAGGAACUUUCGACGCCAAAGCUCCCAGAGCGACGACGUCUGUCGCUAUCGUGGCAGACGCGACUCGUCGGCGCAGAUAAUCGACGGCACCAUCGGCACCAUGACCGUGGAGACAACCAGUACCUUCUUCGACUCCAGCACCCAGACAGAACCAUCGCCGCUCUAUGACAACAAUCACUAUCAUGAGGAGUGCCUGCGCUGCAAUUCGUGUGGUCUGAACUUGACUGGGCCCAACCAAAAGCGGGCCAGGAGAUUCAAGAACCAGAUCCUGUGCGACCUGCACUUCGCGGACGUGGCCCUAAUGGAGUGCUCCGAUUUCAUGCAGCAGCUGCGGAGCUUCAAGCCGCAAUCCUUGGGCUGCGCGGUGGCCAGGCGCAAAAGUUCCACGACGCUGAUAUUCCCGCUGCCACCGCAGGCUUGCUCAGAUGAGUUCUGCGAGGAGUAUCCGCACAAUCUGAUGCCCACGCCGGGCUACUGGAUCGAGUGCUCCCGCCAGAAGAUCACCAUGCCCACCCCGCACACCAUUUGGGAUGAGAGCGACUCGGAGCACGAGGACAUCCGGGCAGGAAGUGCUAGCGAUGCCUAUCUGGAGCGCGAGUGCAGCGAUCUCUACGAGGACGAUGAGGACUCCGAGGCCACGCCCAGUCCGCGCAAGAAGACAACCAUCGAGGAGCAGUGGGACCAGCAGGGCGCCUUCGAGCUGAUCUCCGUGGAGCAGGAGACGUACGAGAAGUACUUCUAUGGCACCGAGCACUGGAACUACUUCACCAGCGACGAGGACCUGGGCCCGGUCAUCCUCUCCAUCAAGCAGGAGACGCUCAACGGACGGGAUCAGUUCCGCAUCCUGGUGCGGGCUGGUUCCUACACGGUUCAUGGACUGAUACCGGCCUCCUGUGUGUUUGCAGAUAGAUAUAAUCGCGAGGAGGUAGUUAGAUCUUUAGGUAAAGAAGUUAAUUUAAAUCCACCUUUAACGUUAGGACAAUUGCCCGAUACGCCAGAGGAAUUAUUAAAAUUAGAUCAGGUUUUUAUAAAAUCAGAGUUAAAAGUUGGCGUCAUAUUUGUCAAAGAGGAUCAGUAUACCGAAGAGCAAAUUCUGGACAAUAAUGAAAAUUCACCGCUCUUCGACGAAUUCCUCACUCUGCUCGGCGAUCGAGUUCGACUGCGCGGUUUUGAUAAAUACAAAGGUGGCCUUGAUACGGUGCACGACCUGACAGGUCUCUUCUCCGUCUACACGAACUGGCGCAACAUCGAGAUCAUGUUCCAUGUGUCCACGCUGCUGCCGUACGAGAAGCACGAUCCGCAGAAGCUCCAGAGGAAGCGGCACAUUGGCAACGACAUCGUCUGUGUGGUCUUCCUGGAGGCGGAUAACACCCGCUUCAGUCCCGCCUGCAUCAAGAGCCACUUUCUGCACACCUUCAUCCUGGUUCGUGUUUCGGCCAGGAUUAAGCACAAGCCCACGCGAUACGAGGUCUCCGUGGUGACCCGCGACGAGGUGGGUGCCUACAAGCCCUAUUUGUGGGAGCAGUCCGUCUUCGAGAAGGGCCCAAUGUUCCGGGAAUGGCUGCUGACGAAGAUCGUGAAUGGAGAGAGAGCCUCCUAUUCGGCGCCGAAAUUCGCACGAAUGCAGGAGCGGACGCGUUCGCAGAUGCUCGAGGAUCUGGUGAUGAAUCUAUCGAAUCAUGCGGAAACUGGACAGAUACCGAAGCCAUAUAGACGCGGCAGUUGGCGACCGAUCGGUGAGGAUGAAUAUAUCAAAAUGUUGCAUGCCCGUGUCCUAGACAACAACACACACCACGAGCAGCAGCAGCAGCAACAGCAAUUGCUGCUGCAGCAGCAACACAUGCAGCACAUGCAACACAUGCCGCACAUGCAACACUUGCAACCGUCGCACAACAUUUGCUGCUAUUGCAACAGCAACAACAAUGCCACUGAGCUGCAAACAGCGGCAGCAACACACAACAACAAUAAUGACAACAACACCACCACCACAUCCACACACAGACACAACAACAACAACAACAAUUGUUACUCUGAGCAGCAGCAACAACAACUGCCACAACAGCAGCAACACGAAAGCCAACAGCCACAACAACACCAACUGCAACACCAACUGCAAUUGUCGACGUCGUCACUCACACACACGUCGUGCUGUGCCAUGUUGCACCUGUGUGCGAGGCAUAGUCACAUGCGACCGUCGUCGCCGCUGCUGGAUUCCGUUCGCGAUCAAUUCGAGGACUACGAUCAGUUGGCCAAGGACUUUACCCGCGUAUUCCUAAACGAAGAACCAUCGUGCCUGACCAACGCCCAUCUCUUCGAUGUCGUAUUCCUGGUGGGUCAGUCCAAGCAGAAGGCUCGUUUCAUUGGCGUUCGAGCGAUUCUCGGAGUGCGGAGUCGCGUCUUUCAGGAAAUGCUGUAUGGCAUUCAGACCGGCUUCGGAUCGCCGCAGAUUCCGGUCGCUGAGAUCUUCGCGCGACCAGCUCCAUCGCUGGUCUCCCCGCAGAACCAGAAGCCGAAGAGCAACAACUACCUGACCGUUCCCGAUUCGGAUUCGAUACGACCCAAGAGCGUGCCCUCGUCGCCGAUGGUGAAGAGGGCCUUCUCCCGGCUGGGUACCAUUACGGCAGGAUGGGGUCGGUCCAUACGGAACAAGAACACCAAUCAGCUGAAUCCGGAUGACAAGAAGAAGUGGAUAUCGUCGACAGAUUGUUCGAACAGGGACAGCAAGGACAAGGACAAGGACAAGCCGGGCAACAACCAGCUGGCCGUGCCACGCCUCUCCGUCUGCGCCGACGCCCAGAAGGUCGAUCGCGCCAAGCUGGCCCAAACGGAGUUCAACAUCAUCGAAUUCGAUCCGGACACAUUCCGGGUGCUGCUCGACUAUCUGCACACGGGCACCUGUCCGCUGACCUGCGUCUCCAUACCAGGACUUCUGUGUGCCGCGGAGCACUACGACCUGCCGGAGCUGCUGCAGGCGUGCUUCCACCACUGCAAGCAGUUCCUGCGCAUCGAGGUGGUCUGCCCGAUGCUCAUCUCGCUGGAGAACUACUACUGGCGCUACACAUCCGCCUCCGAGCUGGUCAACAUGAUCCUGUCGUUCGUGGAGAGCAAGGCGCACUCGCUGUUCAAGUGCCCCGAAUUCCUGCAUCUAUCCGAAUCGAUGGUGCAGAUGAUCAUGUGCCGGGAGCUGCAGACGCCAGAGAUACGAAAAUUUGAGGCAAUGCUGGCGUGGGCCCAACACAAGGUGGGCAAACUGAAAAAUCAUCCGAACAAGGACACACAAUUCGAGUUCGAAUGCAUUAUGGAGCGGCUGACGCGUGAUCUAAAUCUAUGCCGGAUCUCGCCCAGCGAACUGCUCACCGUCGUCCUGCCCUCCAAAUCGAUGAAGAACGAACGCAUCAUGGAGACGCUCAUGGUGCAGGUGAAUCUGGGCACAUACCGUAUGCCCGAGUUGGAUGCGUACCGUCAGCAGUUGCGCCAGCAGGAGUCCGCCGAGGCCACCGUCCAGAACCACCAGCACCACCAGCACCACCACCACCCGCCACCCAUCGAUGCACGUGCCUAUGCCAUGGCCUCCCUGGCCGCCGCCCUUGAGAUGCAGAAUACGUCGAAUCCCCACCAGCCGAACGCCGCCCGCGAUGCCGCCGACGAGGAGGUGGAGCUAUAUGCCAGUUUCGAUAAUGCGCCCAGCACCAGUCGCGUGGCCGCCCAAAUGCAGGCCGCCAAGGAGGCGCGCCGCAAGCGUUGGGCAGCCGAUGGGGCCAGCGGGAGCAGCGGGGACGGCGGUUGCGCCAGCGGCAGCAGCGGCAGCGGGCGGCGUUACUAAAUGCAUGGAUGCAUGUGUUCCCGUGUGACUGAAACUGGUUUGAAACUUCGUAGAAAUUCGCCAUUACCUAAAUGGAAAAUUCAAAAUUUGUACUAAAUUUUUGAUUCGUAACGAAAUAAGUUGCAAGAAAUUUUGGAAAAUAUGUAGUAAAUUGUAAACGAUUCGUAACGAAAUAAGUUGCAAGAAAUUUUGGAAAAUAUGUAGUAAAUUGUACAGAAUUUUGAGUGGCGAAUUUCUAAAAUUUUAGCAUAAUAAUAAUUUCAUUAUGAUUGUGGCGAGUGAUUCUGAUUCUGAUUUUGAGCAGUGUAUGUAAAAAUACCGAUUUUAUUUACAUAACAAAUAAACUCAGUUAAGUUCAAGGCAGUUCGCUUAGCUCAAAUUCUGUUUAAAGCCUAAUGCUUUAAUUCCAUUGAAUAGAAAUUGUUCAUAUAUAGUAUUAUUAAGUGUUUAAGAUGGCUUGAUCAAUCAUUUUUUACAAAUGCUCCGAAUUUCAAGAAUUUUUCGAUAAAUGGGGUAUAAUUUCUUAAAAAAAAGUUCCUUACAUUUGAUAAACAUAUUUUCUAGUUAGUAAUUCAAAGAGAAUAUUUCUAAACUCAAUGUUCAUAUCUAUACAUUUAGAUAGGCUAGUGAAUUUGGGGUAUGAUUGAAGCUUUUAAAUAUACUUUUCAUCACUUUGCGACCACGACUGUUGUGUGAGUGUGUGUGAGUGGCCUUGAGUGUGUGUGUGUGUGUGUGUGUGUCCGUCUAACUCAUCGCUCGAAAAGACGGCCGAAGCAUCGAACCAUCCAAAUCGAAACUGACAUUGUUAACUCUUACAUUCACCCCGGAAUGACAAGAGCCCCCAAUUUUUUUGGGGGAUACACUGAGAGAGAGAGCGGAGGGAGACGGCGGCCCAAACCCCACCCCCUCCCGCCACCCUCUACACAAAAGAUAACGGUGGAGGACCCAGGCAAAAGCAUAAGCAUUUUCUACAAGUAUUACCCAACAUAAUAUAUAUAUACGAGUAUGAGUAUAUAUAGUACGUGUACGUCGUGCAAGAUUGUCCUAGGAAGGUAUGUAGAACUAGUCAGUUAAGGAACCACUGUGGCAUUCGAUUUUUGAUACCCACACAAUCGAGAAUAAACAUAAAAAUAAAAACAAAAAAAAAUACAGCAUGGAAAAAUAUUAGCAAAACAAAAAAAAAAGGGAAAAAACAGAAAAGAAAAUAAAAACAAACGCUUACUGAUGUAAAACAAAGACUUAAAACUAAAGAAAAAACAAAAGGAAACCAAAUGAAUAAAAUAUAAAAGAAAUUUUUUUAAUCAAUGUUAUUGGACAAAUGUAAGCUGAACAAAAAAAUCCCUUAACCCCCACCCAUUCCCAUUGUAAACCAAUUUCCAUUAGCCUCGAUAAGAACGAGUUACCAGAAGAACUCAAUUUACGAUCUAAGAAUAUACAUAAUAUACAUACUAUAUGAUGUACUUAAAUGUUCAAGAGAAUUGCAAGCAUAAUCUAACUGUUUGAACGCUUUUCGUUUGGGUUUUUUGUAUUGUCUGUUAAUUUGUUACUAACAAAAGCCAAGAAAGAAUAUUAUAGAUAAGUCUACAUCUACAUCUACAUCUAACAGUCAACCAGUCAAGUUGGCUGCACAUCCUGUACAUUUAAUACCAUUUAAUACAGGUUAGUAUAGUUAAUGCUAAACUGAAAAAUCAACAACACUUGUGUUCAUGCAAGUGAAAACAGAGAGAGUCCAGAGAACCAGAAAACCGAUACAUAAGUGCAAUAUCUAAGUGUAUGUUUGUAUAACCAAUAAAAUAAUUGAUAACUGAUAACAAGCAGCCAAAGGGGAAUUACUUCCCACAGACUGGCAACUGAAGUCACAGAGAAUCCCAGAAAACCCCAGAAAACGCGAAGAUUACUUCAACUAAAGGCUAGAUAAUUGAAUUAAUGAAAAAAACCUAAUGUUACCAAUUAAAUAAUUUGUCAGCAGCAUAGACCUACUUGAGGAAAACUGGAAGAACCCUGCAGAUAAUAUAGCCAUCAAGUGAUCAAGUAUAAGCCCAUAGAAAAUCGUUUUCCACCUUCCCUUUGGAAAUCAGUUGACCCAAUUAAUGUAUAUGUAUCCUCCAAAACCCGAAUUUUGAAACCUCUAAUAGAGCAACACCAUUCGUUUCUGAAUCUGAAUAUAAUCCUACGCGAAUUCUUCAGUUGCUAA